AGCUAUUAGUUCACCUUAACCACCGACCGAAUUAAGAUGAAGGAAUUACCAUUUGCUUUGGUGCUGGUCUUGUUCCUAGCCAGUGCUUACGCCCAGGUUCACCCAGAUAUCGCCGAAGAUGCCUAUUUGGAUUCUCUGGGACUCCUCCGGAAGUACGGCUACCCCGCUGAGGAGCACAUCGUUGAAACGGAUGAUGGCUACCUGCUGGGAGUUCACCGCUGUCCAGGCAGUCCCGUAUCGCCACCAGCAGCCGGAAAACCCGUAGUCUUGCUGCAGCACGGAAUGCUCAGUUCAUCGGCUGAUUAUAUCCUGAUGGGACCGCAAACCAGUCUGGUCUACAUGUUGGCCGACGCCGGGUACGAUGUUUGGAUGGGCAACUCCCGUGGCAAUCGGUACUCCAACCGCCACCGCUCGAGGAACAACCAAACUCAAGUGUUUUGGGACUUUUCGUGGCAUGAGGUUGGAAGCAUCGACGUGCCGAAUGUGAUUGAUUACAUCCUGGCACGGACGGGGCAGCAAAAUCUACAGUACAUCGGACACUCGCAGGGUACCACAGUUUUCUGGGUGAUGAUGUCCCAGCAUCCGUACUACAACCAGAGGGUUAAGAGUGCCCAUCUACUGGCCCCUGCUGCGUACAUGCACCGGACGAGAAGUCCCUACGUUAUUUUCUUGGCCGCAUAUCUACACACGACAGAGCUGAUGUUGCAGAUGAUGGGGACUUACUACUUCGCACCAACGAAUGAAAUGGACAUUCAAGGUGGUAUCGAUCAGUGCCGAGAUGGAGCACCAUAUCAGCAGAUGUGUACCAUGACUACGUUCCUGAUGGCUGGCUUUAACUCCCAGGAGGUUAACUACACCAUGCUUCCGGUCAUGCAUGGCCAUUCACCCGCAGGUGCUUCUGCCAUGCAAAUGAUCCACCAUGCCCAGACGGUCCGUUCGCAUAUCUUCCGCCAGUAUGACUAUGGACCGGCAGAAAACAUGAUCCGCUACGGAUCGUUGACUCCACCAAACUACAACCUAAACAACGUCCAGGCUCCGACGCUGCUGUACCACAGUACCAACGAUUGGUUGGCCACCCCGGAAGAUGUCCUGCUCCUGGCCGGUCAGCUUCCGAAUGUCCGCAAGCGAUACCUUGUUCCACUGCACGCAUUCAACCACAUGGACUUCGUCUGGGCCAUCAACGUGCGAUCGCUACUGUACGAUGAACUGUUGGCCGAUUUGCGCGCGUACGCUUGAGUGGGACACCUGGUGGCACUUGAAUAACACUUGAAAUUGAAACGAACACUGAACUGGUUUUAACUA